AUGGAGACUGCUUCGGGUAUCUCCAAACCGCGCAAGCAUACUAGAGUCCUGACGGCCUGCGAGUCUUGCCGGCUGUCUAAAACCCGGUGUGAUUCCGCGCGCCCGGUUUGUGCCAAAUGUCAAAAACGUGGCGUGGCGUGUAUUUACCCCGAAAGCGACCCUGUGUCGAUUCUUGAGGCAUGGGGCUCCAAGAUCCUCGCUUCGGUCGAGAAUCAGGAGCGUUUGCUCAAAGACACUCUGGGAGCCGCCAGUCCAUCCAGCCUGCCCUUCCAGCAGUCCCAGCAACUUUUCCAGUCUCCCGUCGAGCCUGGCGAACCGGACACGGAGUUGAUUUCGCGCAAUGAUACUCUCAAGACUCCGAUAACCGGAUCAGAUAUGAUUCUGAGCUGGCCCAUAUUUCCCCAAGAGAGACCGGUCUCAACUUUUCCUCCUCUCGCAUUUGAGGAGAAACAAGAUCGUUUUACCACUGCCAUCCCGAGUUUCGAGCCGCGGAGGGUCAUGGAACUACGUGACGUCUUCAUGACUAAGAUCUUGUCCAAAAACCCCAUCAUAGACGAGAAGCAACUGGAGGCAUAUGUAGCGCGUGUUUUGGAAACAGGUAUUGACUGGUCUGCUCCAUCUUGCCUAGUGCUGCUUGUCCUUGCGCUGGCAGCCAUUUGGGGCACUUAUCCUGAAGACGAAACAAGGGAAGUCCAAUGCCUAGAACCUAGCUAUGGUGCCCCAAUGACGUAUGUGACGAUAGCUGUCCCUGAUAGUCGGAUGAGGGAAUCUUUUGAGUAUAUUUCCAUGGCAAGAAAACGAAUAUCAGCUGCCUAUCUCGACAAUUCGCUAUUGGGAGUCCAGUGUUUUUGCCUAUUCGGUUUCUGGUACCAAUACAAUAUCGAACCAAUCCCAGGGUGGAAAAUGUUUCGCACGGCGUCCAUGUUAUGGCAGACGUACAACAUGAAGCAUCGGAGCGGGAAUGGUGAAAGAUCCGCACAGGAGGAGAGCUUAGAGCAGCGUUUAUAUUGGACAUGUUUGAAGUCCGAGUGUGAGGUCCGAUAUGAGCUAUGCGAACUACCUCCUUCCGAUCUCUCACUUUCCGACUUCCCUUUUGCGCUACCUAGUUUCCCUGUGUAUCAUUCUCCAUAUGGAGGUAGUCCAGAUGACAGUGCUCACAGCCCUUCGGGCCCUGCCCUGGACUCAACUCCAUACUACUAUUAUCUUGCAGAGAUAUCUAUGCGGAGGUUGCUAAACCGCGUGCGCAACACCGUCCGCGUUCUUUCACCUAACCUUGGCAUCACCAGCAUAAAAAACCUUUCAGGUACGCUUUCCCACCUCGAAGAUCAACUCCAUCAAUGGGUAGUAUGUCUACCCCCGGCCCUCCGCUUCAACAUGCCGCUCGAAUCUCGCCCACCACCGAAGGAACCAGAGCUCGUGAAGCUAGUCCGCGAACGCUACGUGGAGGUUCGCGAACUUCUCUGCCGCGCAUAUCUGUAUCUCUGCAUCCACACGCCACUAGACAGGGAGCUCGCAGCACUAUACGGCACCAAGGCAACUGAAUCCCUACUUCUUGCCGUAUAUCGCAUCCACAACGAAGUCCCGUGGUUCCGCCAUCCUGGGAGCUGGGGGGCUUGUAGAGUACGCUUUAACCAUGCGUUAUGCCUCAUUGCUGCCUUCCGCGCAAAAGUCGAUGAGGUUCCUUCCGCCGAGUACGUUAGCCUACCGGUUAGUUGGGCUGGCUGUGUUCGGGUAGUCAUCGAGCGACUAAAGGUCUGGGGCCAGGAAGGUGGAGGGAUCAAAGAAUUAAGUAUCUUGCUGGAGUGGUUAAUGCAAGGCAUUGUAUGA